AUGGCACCUAAGAGACGCAUCUCUACACCUUCGGCAGCGCAGCGCAAUCAACAAGCAACCAUCUCGUUUAGCAAGCAGGGUCUCAACCGCGUCACCAAAAACACUGCUCAGCGCGACUCCAAGAUCACCAAGCUCGAAUCAGUAUCGACUCAUGCUAUCAGUCAACCCACCACUGCCGAUGCAGCCAUUGAAGAACAAGCCGACGCCGAACUUGUCGACAUCAAGGCACCUAAAUCCGAGCCUCAGUCCGGUGACGAGCCCGAUGACUACGAGAAGCGCGCUAUCAAGAUCACCAAUGCUCAAAUCAAAAAGUACUGGCAGCAAAAAGAAGCCGAAAGAAAAUCACCUCGUGUUCAUCAGCAAGGACUCGGUGUGUCAGAAAAGAUCCUAAGGGAAUUCGACAUGAGUGGACAGUACGGCCGUUGGAGAAGAGCCAACACCCUGGGUCUUAAUCCUCCUAUUGAAGUACUGGCUGUCUUGCUCAAGACCAGUGACAAGGACAAGAGCAGAAUGCAGCGUGCCCAUGUCGACGAGUUGAUGAGCUCGAGAUUCAUCGAGACGUAG